GCGCGCCGGAAGGGCGGCGGUGCGCGUGCGCGCCGGCCGUGCCCGCGGCGCAGGAGGGCGCGGGGUAUGUCGGCCACGUGCGCCGUGUCCCGGAAAGCGCCGCUGCCAAGGCCUCAUCCCCAGGGCGAGAGGGAGCCGGCCGCCAAGGUGAUGCGCAGGGGACUGCGGCGAGGCCGCGAGGAGGAGCGGGAACAGCUGCCGUGGCCUGGAGAGAGCGCAAGCGGCAUGGGCGCGGAGGCCGAGGCGGAACGGGCGGCACCGCUGAGCGACGAGCGGCGGAGGCGGCAGCCUCUAGAGCCGAGGGCGCUGACGACGCCGUCGGCCAGGGCGGCGGAGGAGGAGGAACGUCUGGAGCGGGAACAUUUUCGGAGGAUCAUCAACGCUUUCCGAUAUUACGGAACGAGUAUGCAUGAACGAGUGAACAGAACAGAGAGGCAGUUUAAGUCUCUCCCAGCUAACCAACAGAGCCUUCUUCCUCAAUUUCUUCCUCACCUUGACAAGAUUCGGAAGUGCAUUGAUCAUAAUCAAGAAAUACUACAAACGAUUGUGAAUGACUGUGUUCAUAUGUUUGAAAAUAAGGAAUAUGGAGAAGAUGGAAGUGGGAAGAUCACACCAGCUUCAACGUUUGACAUGGAUAAAUUAAAGUCCACAUUGAAACAAUUUGUGAGAGACUGGAGUGAAGAGGGAAAGUCUGAGAGGGAUUCCUGCUACCAGCCAAUUAUUAGUGAAAUUGUAAAGAACUUUCCAAAAGAAAGAUGGGAUUUCUCCAAAGUUAAUAUCCUGGUACCUGGUGCUGGGCUAGGUAGAUUGGCGUGGGAAAUAGCUAUGCUCGGUUAUGCUUGCCAAGGAAAUGAAUGGAGCCUCUUUAUGCUCUUUUCUUCUAACUUUGUACUCAACAGAUGCUCUCAAAUUAAUUCAUGUAAGCUUUAUCCCUGGAUUCAUCAAUUUAGCAAUAACAGAAGAUCUGCUGAUCAGAUACGACCAAUUUAUUUCCCAGAUGUUGAUCCUCACAGUCUUCCUUCUGGUUCAAACUUCUCUAUGACAGCAGGGGAUUUUCAGGAAAUUUAUUCUGAGUGCAAUACGUGGGACUGUGUAGCAACUUGCUUUUUCAUAGACACAGCACAUAAUGUUAUUGACUAUAUUGAUACUAUAUGGAAAAUACUAAAGCCUGGAGGAAUAUGGAUAAAUGUAGGUCCUCUCCUUUACCAUUUUGAAAACUUGGGAAAUGAACUUUCCAUAGAAUUAAGCUAUGAAGAUAUAAAAAAUGUUAUCCUGCAAUAUGGAUUCCAUAUAGAGGUGGAGAAAGAAUCUGUACUGUCAACUUACACUGUGAAUGAACUCUCCAUGAUGAAAUACUACUAUGAAUGCGUGUUGUUUGUGGUGAGAAAACCAGAACAAUAGUGGUCAGAACCAGUUAAUGAGAAAAGAACCAGUUAAUGAGAAAAUAAUGUUGGCUUUAAAGCUAGAAAUGAGAAUAAAAUCAUCUGGUGAUGUAUGGACACAACCUCAAAUCAGUGGUGCCUUGUUGUUCCUAAGAGGAUAUAGAUAGUGUCUAUUUUCUUAAUAUCUCUGUUGCUACUCAGACAUAUACUAUGCCAUGCAUAUUCAUAAUACACUUGUGAAAGAUUAAAUGUUCACAUGCACUGUCUUUGUGCUUUGGAAUGCAUUAAAUAUCAAAGCAAAAGUGUUUUCUUGAGAACAAAAUUUAAUAUUUGCCAUAACUAGGCUAAUUCUCUGCUAAUGUUGCCUCAUUUUUCAUAGAUUUGUAGUGCUUUCUUUUCUACUUGAUAUUAGGAAUGCAUGGAGGUGCUUACUGUACUAGAUAUAUCACUUUUAGAGAAGUAUUUGUAAAUGUAUACUUAAAUUAUGAACUUUGAAAUGGUUGGGAAGUGGUAAAAUUGUUCUUGACAGAUAAAAUAGUCAUCAGAACUGUUAGAGCAUUUUCUGUGGAACCAAAGUGAAAUAGGAUAUUAUACAAAUUCUGAUCUUUGGCUGUACCACCGUUAAAGGUUUAAUCAAAACCCAGAACCUAUAGAAAAUUUGAAAUACCAUGUGAAAGCAGAAUAUGGAGUGAAGAAAAAGCAGAAUAUCACAGAGAAACAGUGUGUUAACCUCAGUUUGGGAAAAUACCGCUCUUGACUGAUCUUAGUAUUGGAGCUGAAAUGUAUUAAAUGCUUUGCCUUCUUGAAAUAUGCUGAUUUUGAGUCAUCUUCUUACUGUUUAAGCAAGAACUGCUGAAGUUGAUAAACAUAGCUGAGUUGUCCAUGCCAUGUGUAGGUAGUACAACAUAAAAAUACCUGUCAUAACAGUGCAGUUACAUGUAAAUACGUGCUAUAACCUAAUUACUUCCACCUGAGCCAGGAUAUGCAGCCCAAGUGGUAGACAAUUUCCUUAUAACUUCUGAUGCUUUACCCUUGUGACUUCUUGGUUCCUCUUACUCUAAUGUGGUUUUUUUCCCAACAGAUGUGGAUUAGGUGACUAUUUAAACUACAAGUCAUGGUACUAUACAAGAGCUGUCAUGUCACAUAUAAUCUCAUGUCACGUUGAAGUUAAGUACUGAGAAAUGAGAAAAACCUUAAUUAACAGUCACUAGUCUGAGAUGAGGUGUCACGUUAUGUCAUGUUGGUUUUUGUAAUCUACUGAUUAUCUUCAGUGCCAUUUGGAUGCAUUUUCAAAAAUAUGUUUAAAAUAUAAAGCCAUUAUGAUGAGGGCUGAAGUUUUUCUUCAUAUUUGGCUAUAAGAACACUGGUCAGUAGCUUGUUUGUUUCCGAUUAUUUUUGUCCUGUCUUUCAUGUGAUGCCCUAAUCACAUCUCUUCAAUAGAUCUGUUACUGGCUUUUCAAAUUUUCUAAUCAAGGCCAGAAAUUUGUGCCUUUAUUCUUAAACUGAAAAUUUGCAGGGAGGGAAACCAAAUUUUUUUUUUAAUGUUUUCAACACCAGAUAGGAGAGCACAUGCUUGUAUACGUUUCAGUAUUGUACCUUUUUCUGCUCAGAAUCCUGCUUGAAAACAGAGGCUUCUGGUCUACAGAAAUGUUUAAGUUUGGCUUAAGCUACUCUUCUUUGAACUCUCUAUUUCUAAAAGUGCAUGAGCUAUCAAAAUUCUACCAUGUUUCAAGGGACAUGUGUUUAAAGACGAAACACUGCUAUUCAACAAAUAAUUUAAAAAUAAAAGUCCUUGUGUAGCUAAAAGAAAAAAAAAACACCCACAUGCUUUUAUUUCCAUAUUGUACCAUUUAAUUUUUGAGAAAAUUUAUUAUUCUUUGCUUUCUAUCUGUUUUUCUUCUCUUAGGUAAAAUAUGAUUAGUAAUUUACUUGAUUUUCAAGUUUCUUGAAAUAAGAUGGAGGUUAGGUGAUUGUCAAUUAAGUUGAUGCUGUAGCAUAUCCAUCUGUAGUACUACCCAGUUGCUCCCCCUUAUGCAGUCUGUAACUUGAAAUGUGGCAUUCUGUUUUUCAAAAAUAAGCAAUGGAAAAUAUUUAUGGUUGAGUGUCAAUAUCCUGUGUUCUGCUGGUUUUUUUCUUUGCCACUCCAUGUUGUCACAGGUGCCAUUUUUGUAUGUUCUCUGAAAAUGUUUUUACAUAUGGUAUAAUACAGUUAUGUGUUUUUAUUUCUGAUCUAGAAAAUGCUGGGGUUUUUUUCCCAGAGCAUUCUGCUUUUAAAUUGCAACAGUCACAUUAAGAGUUAAAAGAAAAAUAAUCUUGUGAAUGAGCUGUUAGUAGUGUUUUACCGGCAGUUCCAUUUAUGAGUUCUUAGAAUUCUCUGUCACUUGUACUGUAAUGCACAGGGAUAAUUGUAUAUUAUAGAAUUUGAUCAUUGUUUUAUUUAGUUUUAUAUGCAGGGGGAAAUGCUCAAGGUGUGUGUCAGCUGAGACUGUUUAUUGUAUGUCAGUAUUAAACUGUACAUGGUAACAGGUGUAAAAUAAAAUGCUGCGUUAUCUUCAGUGUAAAACUUCUCUUUUCAUGUAGUUUGAUAAAUGUAAAAUGUCCUGGAUUUUUUUUUAAUGUGUUAUAUUCUGAAAUUGGUUGGAGAGGGGAUAAGAAUGGGGAGUUUCUUGUCUCUGUGUGCACUUCCCACAGUUUUCAGUGUGUGUAAUGAACUAGGUUUUUUGGAUAUUAAAGCUUGCAGUAAGGCUUGA